AUGGCGCCUGUAGAAGCCAUGAGACACCACGAGGCUGUGCUUGGCUCACAACCUGAUGGCCCCCUCCUGCUCGCAAAUGGCAGCAUGAACCCCCUAAAGAGGACCGUUUACUGGUGGCACGAAGAGUGGAGAGUCGACAAAUAUGGACCACCUGGAAAUCCUAUCUGUGGCAAAGCUGCAGAAGGCAGCCACAUAUGCAGCUGCUGCGCGCCCAGAGGCUCGAGUCAUGCACAGGAUGUCAUAUUUGUUGACUCCACAUCCUCCUGUGACACCGAGGGUAAUACAGCAACUGUGCUCCUCACGGCCACUAAGGCGGGUGCAGUACCAGUGGCUGUUGUCCUGCACAGCUCACAAACUCGAGACUGCUACCGUGCGGCCUCUCAACUGCUGAAGGAGAAAUAUCCAACGUGCUUCGGCAACAACCAGUUACAGAAUCUGUUCCUCGAUAUUUGGAGCACAGCGACGCUACUCGGACAUGGCCAACGAAUUUUCUACGAGGGGUGUGAACCAUCAUUUGGCAGCAGCGGCACGACCACUUUGCCAAGCAAGCUUAAAUCAAUGGAAACAGCUGUGCAGCUUCUGUCGAACAAAUUUGAUGAAUUCAGUGAACGACUGCACGCCCAAGAAACAGCUACGAAAGGUUUGUCGAAGAGAGUUGAUAAGCUAGAGAAAAGCAAGGUAGAUAAAGAUGUGGCUUUGAUGGCACAAGAUUUAGACAAGCUAGAAUAUCGUAGCCGACGCAUGAACCUAGAAAUACAUGGCAUUAGGGAAACUGAUGGUGAGGAUCUUGUGGCAAAAGUGAAUGAAAUUGCGAAACAAAUAUCACUUCCCUCCCUUACCCGCAGUGAUCUUGAAACCAUCCAUAGGCUACCCGCUAAGCCAGGCAAGACUCGUGGCAUUAUUGUGCGCUUCAUGAAUCAGGAAACAAGGGACAACUGGCUCUCAAAGCGGCGACAGCUAAAAAGCGAAAUGAGUAACACAUACAUUUGUGAGAACAUGACUCGACAGGCGCGAAAACUGCUCACUAUGAUCAAAGAAUGGGCUAGGAAAACGGGUUUUGCAUUCGUGUGGCAUGCCAACGGUAAGGUGCCAGUGAGGCGAGCGAAUGGCGAAAGAGCAGUGGUCAUUCGGGGAAGCGAGGACAUGAUACGUUUAUCAUGA